AUGGGCCGUAAUAUCACAAGUCCUGUUUUGAGUUCAAUCCCUAAAGAUGCGAGACUGAACCAGCAGAAUACCCAUCAGCAAGGGUGGGUGAACCAACCUCAACCAACAAACGGCGGUGCAGGGAGUGUUGGUUGGGCAAAUCCUGUUAAGAGGUUGAGGACAGAUGCUGUGUAUAAUUUAAUGGAAAGAAUUGUUGUUGAGUUCAGCCUCAGAGUGUACAAGUGGCCCUUUGCGGCCUGUACCAGUGCUGUUAAUAUAGUUACGGCUGAGUAG